CGGCCGCGUCAACAAGUGUUUGUCAUUUUGCAACUUCGAUUUUUGUUUAAUAAAUUUUGAAAUAGUUGUCGUUUUUAACGGUGAAACAUAUUUAACUUAAUUAAAGUGUUAUUAGACAAUGAGUGUUAUAAUUAAUCCAGACUUUGCUGUGACAUGAACCGGGUUAUCAAUACUUUUACAAUGACAAGCGGCAUUUUCUUUUUGAUGUUUUCGGUGUCGGAUAAUGGCGUUAGAGAUUAAAGAAAGAAGAAUUCUCAAGUUCAAAAAUAUUAUGUUUCCCCUUAAAAUGGUUGGCUACAUCUGCAAAGCCAAACAGUUACACCAACCUACUGUCAGAAUUUGAUAACAAACAAAUGUCAUCUGACAGCUGACUUUGGACAAGUAUAAAUACAACAUGAAUACUCAAAGAAGCCGUGUAAUUAAUUUAUACAAAACUUUGCACUAUUUAGGUAAUAAUUGGCCAAGUGGUGCUGAAAAAUUCCACAGUCGCUUGAAGGCUGUGUUUUUGAAAAAUAAGGAUGAAAAAGACCCAAAUAAAAUUGAAACAAUGAUUAAACAUGGAGAAUAUGUUAUAAAGGAAAUAGAGGCAUUAUAUAUGCUGAAAAAAUAUAGAACCCUUAAAAGAAUGUACUAUAAUGAGUAAGAACACGAUACAAUAUGUGUGUGGAAUUCCUAUUAGAAACUGUGAUUAGCUAAAAUACAAUAACAAGUAGGAUAUGUAUAUAUAUAAUAUUUUUAUACCUAUUGCCAUAGUUGUUUCAAUCUAGACCGUAUCUGAAUUUUUCUAAUAUAUUUUCAAAAGCCAAAAUUAUCUGAUAUGAUAAUGUAAACUUUCAUAAAUAAAAU